AUAGCUUGUCUGGCCCUAUGGUAAUGUAUAGUACACAAAACUGUGGGAUUCACCUUUGGGACACAAGAUCAGAUAUAGAUGCAUGGACACUGAAAGCAAACCCUGAAGAAGGAUAUGUGUCUUCUUUGGUUACAAGCCCAUGUGGGAAUUGGUUUGUGUCUGGGUCUUCAAGGGGAGUACUAACUCUUUGGGAUCUGAGAUUUCGUGUUCCCGUACAUUCAUGGCAAUACCCUAUAAUAUGCCCCAUAGAGAAGAUGUGCCUCUGCUUUCUUCCUCCAAGCGUCUCGCUGUCUACCACGAUGAGACCUUUUAUUUACGUUGCUGCUGGUUUCAAUGAAGUUUCACUCUGGAAUGCAGAUGGUGGUAGCUGUCAACAGGUAUGGAGAGUAGCCAACUAUGAAAAUGAGACGAAUGUUUCCGAGUUUCAAUGGAAGCUACCAGGCAGUAAAGCAAAUCCCAAGACGAAUACUCGCCAGAACAAUAGCUCCAAGUAUAGAAUUGAAGAGUUGAACGAGCCUCCUCCUCGUCUUCCUGGUAUCCGCUCCUUGCUUCCUUUGCCCGGAGGCGACUUGUUAACAGGUGGUACCGACUUGAAGAUUCGGCGUUGGGAUUACUCCAGCCCUGAGAGAAGUUACUGUAUCUGUGGUCCGAGUUUGAAGGGAGUUGCAAAUGAUGAUUUCUACGAACUCAAAACCAACUCUGGAGUGCAGUUUGUUCAGGAGACAAUGAGGCGACCUUUGGCGACCAAACUGACGGCAAAGGCAGUACUUGCAGCGGCUGCAACAGACACAGCAGGAUGUCACCGUGACUCAGUUCAGUCUCUGGCAUCAGUGAAGCUGAACCAGAGACUGUUAAUAUCAAGCAGCCGAGAUGGAGCCAUUAAGGUCUGGAAGUAAGAAAAAACCAUGAUGGUUUCUUUGUUUGUACAGUGUUGUUAUAGUGUUUCUUAUACUCUUUACCGUUUUCUUUUCCUCAUUGUAACAUCAGAUGCUAAAAAAAAACUUUUUAGCUUUGUAUCUUUAGCUUACGUUUUUUCUAUUUGUAAAGAUUUUUCUUUUGAUUGAUUUAAACAGAAGAUAAAUUCAACAGUUACUUUA